AUGGCCCUCUUACAAACAUCCCUUAUAUGGGCAGUAUACGCUAUUGUGGUAGCUGUUCUGGUAAUGGUAGCGUCGGUGUUCAUCUAUACAUAUCAAACGCCUCGGGAUCGCUCUUCAGUUGUGACCUUCACGUGUAUUGUCGCGAUUACAAGCUUACUUGCCACUGUUCUCUUGUUGCCCGUGGAUGUUGCUUUAAUAUCCUCUACCACAUCCUCGAAGCUUGGUCAAAGAAAACCUUGGGCCACUCAGGAUGAAGUAGACAAGAUUGUUUCUCUAUUAACGGCUGUGUACUAUCUCCUUUACUCGCUUGAUGCAUUCCUAUGCCUUCUCGCAAUCCCAUUUGUCUAUUUCUGGUACGAAGAAUACGAUGAAGUGGCUGUCGAAUCCGGUGAGCAAUCUGCUGCCAAACGACUCUGGACCGCGUUUAAGUACACUAUCUCGUUUAUUGCGAUAGUGGUUGUGCUUUUCAUUGUUGGCUUUCUUGUCCCUGUUUCGAAUAUCAAGGACAGCAAUGUUUCAGACUAUCUCAGGAAGCUUCUGGCUGAGAAUCGUGGCGAGAGGGUCAUUACAUUCACCCUUGGGUUAUUGAUAACUCUGGGGCUGUUCCUCUAUGUCUUAUAUACCUCAACGGGCCUUGCCGUUCUUCCCAUGAGGAUGAUACGAGCAGCUCCAUCUGUGUCAGACAUGACCUGGAAAGCGUCGACAGGUGCACAGCUCGAAUCUAAUCGAGAGCGUCAGCGCCAGCUGGAAGGGCGCUGUAGAGGAGAUCCGGGUCUCCUCUCUUCCAAGGAACGUAGAGAGCUCGAUACCCUCGUUCGAGAUGAGAGGACGCUUAUUAGGCGGCAACGCUUGGCAGAAGAGGCUGACGGUGAAGGUCGAGGCCGAUUUAUGAGGGCAUGGCUAAAGGUUACGGCUUUCUUCCGCCCAUUAAAGCUCCUAGGCGGCAUUGCCAUUCUCUUAGUCGCACUCAUGAUAUGGAUAUCGAUGCUCUUGACGGCAAUUGACAAAGCCAAGAAUUCUAUGUGCAAACAACGUUGCGGAUACAUACUCAGUCGCAUUGGGGUUUUCAAUCCCUUGAACUGGGUAUUCGUUCAAUCAGCAAAGGUAUUUCCGAUCGACUACGCCGUCUUUACAGUAGUUGUUUUGCUGCUGUUUGGCAGUUCAGUGGUCGGGAUAUCUACCAUUGGCAUUCGCUUUCUAUGGAUCAGAAUAUUUCGGAUCAGAAUGGGGCACACGUCUCCACAAGCCCUGCUGCUGACCACUGCCAUGCUGAUUUUGACAAUACUAGCUUUGGACUAUUCGAUCCCCAUGCUUGUUGCACCCCAGUACGCAACUUUUGGACCACAAACAUUCUGUGAUCGCCCCCCGGGCCAGCAAUCGGAUUGUUUGACUAACAAACGCCUGAUCAAGCCAUGCUCGGAACUAACAGACAACACGGCUGCCAAGCAAGUCUGCACACCCAGCGUCACUAGUAUGUUCCUCAACCGCGUGACGAUAAGCUAUCCCUUUUUCGGCACAGUAUUUUUCUGGUCUCAAUUUAUCUUUCUCGUUGUCUACUUGCUCGUCUUGGUCACCUCUUUCAUCCGCCAUCCGAAACUUGAUGAACGUCUACUGGACCAGGAAGCUGAGGAGGCUGAGGAGGAACGGCUACUGACAAGCUCUGGGAGAGAUGUUAGUGACACCUAUCAUAGUGUCGGAGGACGGAACAACUUCUCAACCAGAGCAGGGGAGUAG